AAACGAAGUAAACCAGUUUCGUAGGGUAUUCGCAAAGCAGUGAGAUAAGGACCAGUGUAGUUAUGGCUGCUUUAGACGAGAGCUGGCAGACAAUGCGAUCGUCUAUCAAGGAGAGAGUCGCGUUUCUUUUUAACAACGAGAUUUUGAGCGAUGUGAAGUUUGUCCUUCCAUCGUCCAUUGCCGAAAGUGAAAGUAGGAAGAAAGUGAUCCCAGCUCACAGGUUUGUGCUUGCAAUCAGCAGUCCUGUGUUCUAUGCUAUGUUCUAUGGUCAAAUGGCGGAGACUACAGACUCAAUUGAGCUGCCUGACUGCGACUACGAGAGUCUGCUGGAGCUGUUUCGUUAUUUGUACAGCGACCAAGCGAACUUGAGCGGAAGUAAUGUUAUGCAAGUGAACUAUUUGGCGAAGAAAUACAUGGUCCCUUCACUCGUUGGAAAAUGCACUGAAUAUCUGCGUGAUAUGAUAGAUCCGCUCAAUGUGCUUUCCAUUCUGCCACACGCCCAGAAACUCGAAGUUAAAGAUUUGGUGGAUAGAUGCUGGAAAGUGAUUGACACGCAGACAGAGGAAGUUGUGACGUCAGAUGAAUUUGUCACAGUGGAGCGAUCUGUAGUCAAGUCUGUUGUGACCAGGGAAGUGUUGAACGUGGCAGAAGUGAAACUGUUUAAAGCUGUUGAUCGUUGGGCUGCAAAAGAAAGUGAAAGACAAGGGAAAACUCCUAGUGACUGGAAGAGAAAAAUUCUUGGAGAGGAUAUUGUGAGAGCCAUAAGAUUCCCAUUAAUGUCUCAAGGGGAGUUCAUUUCUGUGGUCCCUGAUUGCAACAUUCUGACAACAAAGGAAAUUGUUGACAUGAUGAAACACUACAACGGUGUGCUGUUGACUCCUUUGCCAUUCUCAUCAGCUCAACGAGCUAGUGUGAGAGCUAACAUGAGAGCUAGCAUGGGAGCUAGUGUGAGUGAACAGUCUAUUGCCCAGGCACGGGCAUCUGUAAUGCUCUACAACAAUGACAGGAAAGAAUGGGAACACUCAGGUGGCUCGUCGGGAAUCUCCAGAGUCUAUGUUUAUCACCAUCCAGUUAAUAAUACUUAUAGAAUGUUCGGCAGAAAAGUUCAAGAUCAUACGGUUGUCAUGAAUUGUGCACUGGCAAAAGGAUUAAAAUACAAUGAAGCAACUCCGACAUUUCAUCAAUGGAGAGAUCAGAGACAGGUCUAUGGUCUGAAUUUUCCAAGCAAAGAAGAUGCCCAAAUUUUUGGACAGGCUGUAAAUACUGCUUUGGAAAACCUUAGGAGUGGUGGCUCUGCUGGAAUCCCACAGUCUCCCUCAAUAACUCAGCAGCAGUUUAUGCCAUCGUCACACACAAGUAAUGGCAGAGGUAAUGAGCAGGAUGAAAUGCUUGCACAGAUUCGGGAUCAGACACAUUAUGAUGCUCAUGAUCAGUACUCACGUGGCAGGAUGGCUCCUUCAGCUGUCCCAGACAACAGGUCAUACCACCCUCAGUAUGAUGUCCCUCGGGAGACAGAAAGCCCCAAUUCAAGCACCGCCUCUUUAUCAACAUCACCUGGGCCACAGCCAGUCAUACAGAGUGCACCACAUGUUCCUUCUGCGCCAGCGGCGCCACCUGCUCCACCGGCUCCCCCGGCCCCUCCUGCCCCACCUGCUCCUCCUGCAGCACCCCCUGUCCCAGGAGGCGGAGGACCCCCUGCACCUCCUCCACCUCCUCCAGCACCAGGAGGGGGUGGUGGGACGUUAGCUGACCAGAUAGCUGCAGCAAAAUUAAAGAAGGCAGCUAAGGCAGAGAGUGAAGGUCCAAGAAAUGAAAGAGCUAAUUCAACGAGUCGUGGUGGCAAGGCUAUGGGUGGUGGAAUGGACAUGAUGGCAGAAAUGCAAAGAAAGCUCGCAGCAAGAAAAGCAAAAGAGGAAGGCAGAGAAGUGGAGCCAGUAAAGGAAGAAGCUGAAACAAGAACAGAAAGAUUGCCAUCUGGUCCUCGCUCAAAUGCUAGCAAUCCUCCAGCAGCCCCAGCUCUUGGAAACAACAAUGUCAAGACAAACUUCUUGUCAACAGCUAAACCAACCAGUAAUGGAGGAAUCAGGAAAAAUAGCAAGAGUGAAUCAUCAUUAAGCAACGACCAGCUAGAAGAAUUAAAAACGGAAUUGCUUGCUGAAUUUAGACAAGAAUUGGAUGCUGCAAAAAGAGAAAUAAUUGAAGCUGUGAGACAAGAAAUCUCACGACUUCGGUGAAUGAUUCUGGAGACAGUCCUCUUAAGAUGUAAUUAAAUCAAGGGUGAACCUGUGAUUAAUGGAAUGAAAUAAGAUUUUUAUUCCUCAUUGUGACAUCGUAAAAAAUGUCAAGGACAAAACUGUGAGCAAACUCCAGACAGUUGACUUAAUAUCAAGUAGAAAAUUUAUGCUUCAUCAUAGAAAUAAUUAUCUGACAUAAUUUCCUUGGGAAGUGCCUGUAAUGAAGGACAAUAAAAGCAAUGGUGCCUCAUUAAACACUUGGUAAAUAAUUAACAUGUAUGUUAAUGCGACAAGGUGAUUAACACUUAGAUUAUAAAUGUAGACCAUCGGGAGUGAAAGCAAAAUAUCUUUGUACAGGUUAAUGCGAGCUGGGAUUUCUUUUGAUGUACUUUGUGUUAUUAUUAUUAUUUUUUUAAUAUUAUUUUCAAGUGUGAGGCAUUGGACUUUUUUAUGCAUUUAGAUCACAAGUAAUGUGAAAAGAGGAUGAAUAAUAAUUCCACUAACACUUGAAAUUCAUGAGCAGAGAAGUUCACUUGGACAUGCAUCUUCAGGCCUUCCAAUGUUCAUUUUACAUGAUCUUAUUGUUUCAUGGACCCCAGUAUUUUCAACAGAUUUGUUUGCUGUCAUGUGAACAGAUCCUACAGAUACAACUGAUCUUGUAAUAGGAAGUUUUUAAAUUUAAAUUAAAGGCUAGUCUGUUGUACCUGAAGAACUCAGUCACGCAAGAUCUACUUAUAAAAAAAAAAUUUCUUAGCUUUAUAUUCACAUGAAAGCAUAGACGUGUUUAAAAGCUGUUUAGUUAAAACAUGGUUAAAAUGUUUUGAGCGUGAGAUUACUAGAACAGGAGGAGAUAAAAUAGACUGGAACUACUUGAACUGGGCUGCUUCAAAUAAAAUUAACCACAGUGUUGUCGGGUAAAUGGUUCAAUGCUUACAAAUGUACUCACAAAUUGAUUUCUUGAAGUGGUUUAAUUUCCUAGCUAUAUCAGUAUUCAUGUGUGCGGUGCACACCAUGACAAAUGCAGCUGGAGUAAAGAUAAACGAACGUCACACAACAACAACCUCUGGUGGUAACAGUGUCAUUUAUUGAGAGAAUGAAGGAUGGCAAAAUUUUUUACACAUGGACCAAUAACCAGGGUUGAAGCAUGCAGACUAUAAAUCAAUGUUAUUUGUUAAUUAAGUGAGCAACAUAAGCAAAUCAUAAUAAAGUAUGUUACAGACUUCUCAUACACCUCAUUACAAAAUGGCGACCAAUUUAUUGUUCUUUUGUUUGCAUUCUAAUUAGCCCUUUUGCCUCGUUUUCACUUCAAAGUUUUUUUGUAUUUUGUACGUGUUGAUGAGGCAAAGAGGGCUAAUUAACAUGAAAACAAAAGAAUAAUAAAUUGGCUGCCAUUUUGGAAUAAGGUGUAUUCAAGAAACUUCGUACCUUUUUUAGGUUUUGAGUGGUGGAUUUCAAUCCUAAACUUCAAGCAGUUAAAGAAGUUAAUGUUGUAAUAAUCUCAAUUAGGUCUGGUUAUUUCCUGCCAAAGAUGGAUCUGUAAAGUAGUCAGUGAAUUUGAGUAAAACAGACCUGUAAUUUCCUUCACUUGGUUUCAAAUUGUAUUUUUUUUUUUUUACAAAGCAUAUUGUUUGGAUGUUUUCUCAGCAUAGGUCUGUUUAUGAAAAAGACUGCCAUCUCUGUUAUUUCUGUUUUUUUGUUGUUGUUGUUGUCUUUCAAGUUGCCCAGUUCAAGUAACUAGUCACAGCUUAAAAACCUAAGGGCCAAACUUUCCAGAAGCUGUAAGACUUGCGUUGGAUUAUAAGUUACAUGUAACUGAAGGUUUAUAACAUAACAAAACAAUAUUAUGAAAGUAACAGUUGAGUGACAAAUAAAACUUUGUACAAUAACUGAUAAGACUGUACUUGAAAUAGGACUGGGUGGGGGUGGCUGUUGUUAAAUGGGCAAGUUAGAUGAAUAUAGUCAUUGACAAAAGUUUUCUCAGCAACUGUUGCCUCUUGUAAAUGUUCAAGAUUUACUGGGUUUGUAAUAUUCAUUAUUACUUACCAAAAAAACUCAUACAAAUGUGGCAGCAUUGGUAAGAGGGAGGUUUACAGAGUGAUACAUUGCCUUGAGAUAGCAAAAUGUAGUAACAAUAUGACACUUGGGCUGUGAGAGUAAGAGAGUUUCUUAUUUGCAUGGAAUGCCACUAUUGGACUAUGUUAGUGUUGGUUAAGGCAGAUGGAGAUUUUGAACCCAUAAAUAGUUUCUAUUUUUACUUACUUAGUAUUUGUCAGAAAGGCUUGCACUUUUUGUCUUAUACACUGUAUGUAGUAACAUCUAAUGGUUAAAAAGAAUGUAAGUGGUUUAGGAGAGGACAGAUUCAGGUGCAGUUUCAGCUCCUCAAUGUUCUGUUUUCACACCAGAAGCCACUCCCAACCUAGCUCUCCACUGUGAGUUAUUCGUCAUAAUGAGGGACUAUAAAUUUGCCUAAGCUUCA